AUGUUUCGCGUUAUACUACUGAUUUUGUGCUACGCCCUGUGCGAAUCUGCAUGGGUUCGAGUUUGGGAAGAUAAUUUUGACUGGGAUGGUGGUGUCGACCGUAGCAAAUGGGACUUCGACGAUGGCGGUGGUGGUUGGGGUAACAACGAAGAACAGUAUUAUACAACAGACCGUCGAGAAAAUGCCAGAUGUGAAAAAUUUCCAGGCAGUGCCAAUGGACGUUUGAUUAUCGAAGCACGUAAAGAGGGGUGGGGCAAUAGACGAUUUACAUCAGCACGAUUGAAAAGUAAAGCCAAAUGGACGUAUGGUCGUCUGCAAGUACGAGCAAAGAUACCAACAGGUCGCGGCCUCUGGCCCGCCAUAUGGAUGCUUCCCGAAAGUCAGAGCUAUGGAAGCCAGUAUUGGCCCGACAAUGGUGAAAUCGAUGUAAUGGAACAAGUUGGCUAUGGUAUGCGCGCGCCUACUUUUCUAUCGCUAAGUCAUCGCGUUCUUUUUCAGAUCCAAACACAAUUGUCUCAAGUGUUCAUACAAAAGCCUUUAAUCAUAUGAUAAACACACAACCAACAAACGGUGUCCACGUUGGUGAUGCAACAUCAAACUUUAAAAUCUACACACUUGAUUG